CUGGAGUUCGCUGUCUCAGGUUUCCCUUAUGGCUGCUCCAUCCCCAGGGGCAGGCAGUGGUUUGUGGUCCCAGAUUGUCAACAGAAGACCCUCAGGCAGUCUUAGAAAUUGUACAGCCCCCUGGUCAGGCAAGCAUCACAUAGGUGAAAAGGCGGAGCUCUCGGGGAUGGCCCAACUAGGUGCAAUAGCGGCGCUAUCUGUUAGUUUUCUGGCUGCAACUCUCUUCUCUGCAGUACACAAAAUUGAAGAAGGACAUAUUGGUGUUUAUUAUAGAGGUGGCGCAUUGCUGACUUCCACCAGUGGACCUGGCUUCCACCUUAUGCUCCCCUUUAUAACCUCCUACAAAUCUGUGCAGACUACAUUGCAGACAGAUGAGGUGAAAAAUGUUCCUUGUGGUACCAGUGGGGGAGUGAUGAUUUAUUUUGACAGGAUUGAGGUGGUGAAUUUCCUGAUCCAAGGUGCUGUGUAUGACAUAGUGAAGAACUACACAGCAGACUAUGACAAAGCACUCAUCUUCAACAAGAUUCACCAUGAGCUGAACCAGUUCUGCAGCGUUCACACUCUUCAGGAGGUCUACAUUGAGCUGUUUGAUCAGAUUGAUGAAAACCUUAAGCUGGCUUUGCAGCAGGACCUGACCACCAUGGCUCCUGGACUCAUUAUACAGGCAGUGCGCGUCACGAAGCCAAACAUUCCAGAAACGAUUCGGAAGAAUUAUGAACUCAUGGAGAGCGAGAAGACAAAGCUGCUGAUCGCGGCUCAGAAGCAGAAGGUGGUGGAGAAGGAAGCAGAGACGGAGAGGAAGAAGGCCCUGAUUGAGGCAGAAAAAAUUGCCCAAGUGGCCGAAAUAACGUAUGGACAGAAGGUGAUGGAAAAGGAAACAGAGAAGAAAAUUUCAGAGAUUGAAGAUGGUGCAUUCCUUGCUAGGGAGAAGGCAAAAGCUGACGCUGAAUGCUACACUGCCAUGAAGAUAGCAGAGGCUAACAAGAGUCUCCCUGCUGUACAGCCUCGACUUGUGGCUGUCAGUAAAACUAAACCUGUAGACAUGGUUAUAGAGGCCUACAAUCAAGGGCAACGCAGUUUUGGAGAAAAUUACGUUCAAGAGUUACUAGAAAAGGCAUCAGACUCCAAAAUUCUGUCUUUGUGUCCAGAAAUUAAAUGGCAUUUUAUAGGCCAUCUGCAGAGGAAUAAUGUCAACAAACUGAUUGCUGUCCCCAAUCUGUUUAUGGUGGAAACAGUGGAUUCUGUGAAACUGGCAGACAAAGUGAACAGCUCGUGGCAGAAAAAAGGGUCAUCGCAGAGGUUAAAAAUCAUGGUGCAAGUUAAGACAAGUGGAGAAGAAAGUAAGCAUGGUCUCCCACCUGGAGAAAUAGUGGGAACAGUGGAGCACGUAAUCAAGGAGUGUCCAAGCCUGGAGUUUGUGGGCCUGAUGACAAUUGGCAGCUUUGGACAUGACCUCAGUAAGGGACCAAAUCCUGACUUCCAGGUGUUGAUAUCCUUGCGACAGGAUGUAUGCGAAAAGCUAAAUAUCCCCAUUGAGAAAGUUGAGCUGAGUAUGGGCAUGUCCACAGACUAUCAGCAUGCAAUUGAGGUUGGAUCCACAAACGUCCGGAUUGGAAACAUUAUUUUUGGAGAGCGGGACUACUCCAACAAACCAGCCAACGCCAGUGACGCUAAAAGCAACGUGGAGACCUUGGCUGUGCAGGAGCACUAAAUGGAAAGAGGAAAGAUGCUCUAAACUACAGGACACCAGAGAGACUUAACUAUGCACUUUCACCUCCUUCCGUAGUGACAGCUUGUCAUGCUAGCGAGGGGAAAUACCUGGUAAUAGACCAGAGAUCUCAAAACCUAUAACGAUUAUUGUAUGUGAGUAGAAACUGGAUAUUAUUUUUUUAACCCACAAACAAGAAAACUUGUGAUUGGAAAUGACUUCAGUGUCUUAGCUACUUUUAAGAACAAUCACUCUUGGAUAACUAUAUUGGCUAAACCGAUUUAAGCACUAGAAUUGAGUUAUUAAUGAGCAAGAGGCAUCUCCAGCAGUCUGAUUAUAUUUUUAAUAUGAGGCGUGGUUUACCUGACGGAGAACUAACUUCUGAUUAGCCAGUUUUAAUGUUGUCAGAGGCAUCUCUAAAUACCCACUCAUCUCGAGUGAGAAGGUACAUGGCUCAAUAGCUACCAUAUGCCUAGGUAGAAGCUACUUUGUAGAGACACAUUGAUAACACUUAACAGUAUUGACACUGAAGAGAAUAUUCACUCAUCUGUUUGUUGUUAGAACAGACAUAACACAGUUGCUAGUGCAAGUCAAUGGCAUGCUGCUUUUGUCACAUAAAUUGGAAGGUGCGAGUGUGCUGGCUUGGCUGACCAGAGAGUGGAUUUGUCCUCUCCAGACUGGCAUUGCUAACUCUUACCACUGAUGACACAUCUCCUCCUGUCUUUGUAGGCGGCUUUUAAGCCUUUAAUCUUUUCCCCUUGUAAAGUGUUGAGAGUUAUUUACAUGCUACCCGAUAAGUCCAGUUGCAGUGUGCUCUACUGGCUAGAGCAGGGAACUGUGUGUCUCAGACUCCUGGCUCUGCCAUUGGCUUGCUAUGUGAUCUUAGGCAAGCCACUUAACCACUGUGCCUCAGUUUCCCCAUCUGUAAAAUGGGGAUGAUAAUACUGACCUACCUCACAUGGAGGAUUGUGAGGCUUGCUUGUUUGUAAUGUGUUUGAACCCCUUGGAGGAAAGGUGCUGCUGAAAUGCAAAGUAUUAUUACCCCAUUACUUCCAGAUGUACAUGAAAUCAGUUGUAUUGCCACUGCGCAGAAGCUGUAAUAUAGUUCCCAAAUCUUUAAAUUCACUUCUUCAUUGGCUCUGACCUCUGCUCUUUCUAAAAGCGAGAAGGAGGAAGCUGUUCCAUCACGGUAGCUGUUUCAUCCAGGCUCGCAGCACAUAGUUUCACUGACAGUGUUUACAGCAGAUCAGUUUUGUAACUCGCAUUUUGACAGUCGGCUUCAGGGUCUUGUCUGUUGCAAGAAUGAGGAGACCUUAGUCAUCAGUAGCAGUUCCUGCUUUUCAUGGCAAAAGGCUUCUCUCUGUGUGCGUGUGUUUGGUUAAAUCAGCCGUGGGUUUUAUCUUCUAAAUGUAACUGAAAAGAACACACUCUUGAAUCAGCCUGUCAUGUUACAUAGCUUCAACACUGCAUGCAGUCUGAAUGGCCCUCGUCAGAGCUGCAAAGGGUGGUGUUUGACAUAGUAUGUUAAUAAAACAGUUGUGAAUUUGAAUACCAUCUGUGCCAAUGACAAAGCUAUUAAAGAUGUUAUUUUUAUGUU